GCCGUCAAUUCGUAAAUAACGUUAUCGUCGCAAACAGUCCACCGCCGCUGCACACACCGCACAUGUGAACCAGGCAACAAAACAAACCAACAAUGCGACCACCGAGAUAAUAUUGGAUAAUAUGACCUAGGUUUGUUGUGCUAAUUUUAACAUCGUUCGUAGCAGUCGUAGUAUUUUUGGUGGACGUGUACGCUAAUCCCGCCCCUUUGUUAUGCGCAAACGUCGAAUAUCGGUACACGGACAAGUCCGCGGUUGCCAGGGAAUUGUGAAGUAACCCUUGCGUUGCAGCGAUUUUCGUGGUAGAAAUAGUGUCGAUAGCGCAUUUUCCGUGCCGAAAUGAACCACGACCGGAUGGUUUGAACCCCGUUGUCCAGCGACGAGGAAUUUCCACAACGGCGUAAAAAUCGUAAGAGUCAUUAUGGUAACGUGUUAUGGCAACGUAGGCUACGGGACAGCGGCGCAUGCGCAGUCGAGCAUGUCUUAGUGAGAUUUUUGAGUACGGCGUCGAAAGAAUUUAAUUUGUGUAUUGUUGUAUUUUCGAUGUGCGAGUUUCCCGACGAGUUGUGAAUUUUCUUUAGUGAUGGUGGUUCGCGGAGAGUGAUUUGGCUGCGGUCGCCUAAACCGGCCGGACUUAAAAUGAACUGGAUCUCUUGUCAUACAGAACCAGCGUGUUCGCUCAAAUAGUUAAUUUUUAAGUAGUAGUCUAUUUAAUUGUAUGUAGGUUAAAGUCAGCUCUGUGUUCCUUUGUAUUUUUAAAAUGUACGCUAAAGGAAAGGGAUCAACAGUGCCGUCCGAUGCACAAGCACGCGAAAAGUUGGCAUUAUACGUAUAUGAAUAUUUACUUCACAUUGGUGCACAAAAGGCAGCACAAACGUUUCUCUCGGAGAUACGAUGGGAGAAGAAUAUCACGUUAGGGGAGCCUCCAGGAUUUUUACAUUCGUGGUGGUGUGUAUUUUGGGAUCUUUAUUGCGCGGCCCCCGAAAGAAGGGACACGUGUGAACAUUCUUCAGAAGCAAAAGCCUUUCAUGAUUAUGGCUUUGUCAAUUCUGGUUAUGGAGUAAACGGAAUUGCACACAACACUGGUCCGGCACCAAGCCCCUUGGGACAAAUGCCUCCAGCCGAUGGCAUGCCCGGCGGUCCAAUUCCCCCUGGAUUUUUUCCAAAUUCGACGAUGAGGCCGUCACCUCCCACACACCCAUCAAGUCAACCAUCCCCUCAUUCACAGCCACCCCCGCCUCAUUCACAAAUGAUGUCGACACAACCGUUUAUGGGUCCUAGGUAUCCCGCUGGACCCCGGCCCGGAGUAAGGAUGCCUCAAAUCGGAAGCGAUUUCAACGGACCCCCUGGACAGCCAAUGAUUCCGAAUAAUAUGGAUCCUACAAGACAAGGUGAAGGCGGAGAAUUUGUAGGUUGGCAAGGCCCCCCAGGAAUGAAUCCCAUGAAUCGAAUGAAUCCGCCACGAGGGCCUUCCAUGGGUCCCUUGGGUCCAGGAACAUACGGCCCGAGUUUACGAGGUCCACCUCCUAACAGUAGUUUAGGCCCAGGUGGCCCCAUGCCUCCGAUGUCAAUGACAGGUCCCGGUGGACGACCUCAGUGGCAACCUAACACGUCUACACCGAUGAACUAUUCUUCCUCUUCGCCGGGCAAUUACGGAGGUCCUCCAGGAUCAGCUGGUCCUCCUGGUCCUGGAACCCCGAUAAUGCCGAGCCCGCAGGAUUCGUCGAAUUCGGGGGGCGAGAACAUGUAUACUUUGAUGAAGCCGGCGGUGGGCGGGAACAUGCCUGGGGAGUUCCAGAUGGGCGGCGGUCCCGAGGGUGGUCCCAUGGGUCCCAUGGGCCCAAACUCGAUGGGUCCCGUGCUGAACGGCGACGGCAUGGACGGCAUGAAGAAUUCGCCCGCCAACGGUGGCCCUGGGACGCCUAGAGAAGACAGCGGCAGCGGAAUGGGGGACUAUAACUUAGGAGGAUUUGGAGGACCGGGAGAAAACGACCAAACGGAAUCGGCUGCUAUUUUGAAAAUAAAAGAGAGCAUGCAAGAGGAGGCCAAGAGGUUUGAGAAAGACUCGGACCACCCUGAGUAUUUCAUACAAUAACUCCCUCGCUGGCCUCUUUGGCUGGUGGACGCCUCUCUUCCUACCUAACCUGUACUAACCCGGGCGGUGGUCUGCUCAGCUCUUCCUGCCCUCAUCGUUGCGAGCUCGCCCAUUUUCAACUAUUUGACUACUCCUAGUCAUGAAUGUUUUCUGUUUUGCAGAUUUUCCUUUGAAAGCUGAAUAUAAGAAGAUAAGGACAUUGUGUGGCUGUACUUUGGUGUAAUAAAUUCUCGAGUUCCUGAUACCUACUUGUCCACCAGUCUAGGCUAGGUUGGAUGUAUUCACGGCGUUCUGUGUUUGUUCUAUGCUAAGUACUACUUGCAUGUGUCUACAUUCCUCCACGGAGCAGAUUGCAGAUGGUGAAGCAGCGACGGUUACUAUUUGACAUUAUUCACAGUGUAGUUUUUUAAAUUUUUAAGAGAAAAUUUGCAUUUUUUUAACGAAAUUUGUUCUAUAAUCUGCUCCGGCCUAUAAUGUUGUUUCUUCACCUUUUUAUGUGUACAUGCAAUAGACAAGUGCAAAAGGAGGUUACUCCUUCAUUAAUACUACUAUUAUGUUGUAUCUGUAAUUUUCUCAAAAACAACUUAAUUCUUAUGUAUAUCAUAUACAUUAAGUUCAAUUAUUAAUUUCAUUAAUUUAUAUAUUUUUUGUUCUUAAUAUAUUACACAUAUAUUUAAAAAAAAUUAGAUUAUUUUAUGAAUGAAUGACUUGAGUGCUGAAUACUUUGAAGAACGGAUAAAUAAUAUUGUGUAAGUGAGUUCUUUAUCUAUAUUGCUUUUUUUUGUAUGGUUUAUUAAAUAUUAAAAGGUU